UCCUCCUCACAAUUUCCAGAUUGUUCCAAAGAAGAGCAUAAAAAGAAACCAGUUUUGGAAAGACUUGGAAAUUUGUUUGGUACAGGGAAAAGGAAAAAUGUCAAAAGUUCAUUAGAACACACUUCUCAUUGGAAAGGAGAGAGGUCAGUUUCGCCUCACGCAGCGCAGCCCAUUUACUGUAAACAUAUACAGCAAGGUCCUGAAUCUCCUCCGGUACAGAAGCAAGUGAGAAACACGAGUGUCGUUCCUGAGACACAAGAAUAUAGUUUCAGUGGGGAAGUAGGACCUCUGUACCACGAUACCAUUUCAGAAUGGAGUGGUCGAGGAGUAUCCUCUGACAGUGAGUGGUCACCAGACUGGAGCAGCAGCAGCGAAACCAUUAAAAACUCUUUCUUUGAGAGUAGUUUGAAUGUGGACACCCGGGAACCAGAGAAGGGGUCAGUCACAGAUAUAAAUAAUUCCACAACUCCAGAUUUUAUAAAAAGUUUGAGGAAUUUGUCUAGCGAAGACUUAGAAAAGAGUAUCUUAAGCCACAAGCAUCUGGUGAACACGUGGGUGUCUGAAGAGCCUGGGCAUGCAAAGCCAAAGGAUUUGCUAUACAAACCGGAAACUCUAGCAAGUGAACACCCGCAGCCUGCGAGAGUGUUAACAGUUGAUAUCUAUCUUAGAAAAACAGACGAACUCCUUAAUGAACCCGUGACUGUUAUAUCGGAAGAAAAUUGUGGUGACUCGGACACAAUGGAUAAGAAAUCUUCUAGUAAAAGAUCUGGGAAAAGGAGAAAAUCUCAGUCAUCUAGUGACAUUACAAAUGGAGAGAGAAACCAGACGGAGAAUACUGCGAGAGAAGAUUCUGUUUUUGAGGAUGAUGCAUCUUCUGAGGGGUUUCCAGACAAGGUAAUAACCUCAGAAAGAAAACUGAAAUCUCCUCAACAGACUCCUGAACGGAAUUCCUUUUCUUCAGGUAAUAAUCCAGACCUAAAAGCUGGAUCUGCUCACAAAGGCACGUCCAAGACUGAAGCUGACAAAGGAAAACAACAUGCUUCAACCACAACCCCUGCAAGGAGAAGAUCUUAUAAAAAGAAUCAGUUGGAUGCUCUUCCUACUUCCCCCACUGGUUUGAAGAGUCAGAUGAAAGAUUACUCCUCAAAAAGGCAACCUUUAGCAUCGACGGAGAGUAACCCAGUGACAAAAAGAACUUUGCAGGAAAAAGGAACUCUGCCUGGGGCUUUUGGGGAAGACAGCUUGGAAUCUCCCAAAGUCUCCUCGUCCAGUAAGGCAGAAGACAACACCAUGGUAUUUGCUGAAGGCAGAAAUGAAACCAAGACAGAAAAGCAUGGUAAUGAUUCUGAUGGAAGAGCUUUCUUGCAUACUGAUAAGAUUAAAAAUGGAGACCUAUGUAUGCCAGCUGAGAGACAGACAAGUUCUGAUUUAGACAGCUUCAAGCUGAAGAGUUUGGAUGCUUCCAGAAUAGUCACAACAAAAAUUAGCCUCCCGGCCAAACCGAAGAACGUAGAGCUGAAUUUUAAAGCGCCUACAAAUCAAGACAGUUUAGAAAGUGAGCAGGAUACUCUUGAAAAACCAGUUAAUAAAAAUAACAACAGCAUUGCCAACAAAAUUUCCUUGUUUGAAAAUAAAUGUGCCAAUCAGAGCCAGAGGCCUGCUGAUAGCUCUGCUUCAAAAAAUAAUGCUGUACCAAGCACGUUUGUUGGUAGAGCAAAGCUGAUAUUUGGAAAACAACCUAAGGAAAGCGAACAGCCUGAUAAAACGUUAAAUAAGCAAAACAGUCGCCAGAAGUUAUGUGAGAAUGGCACAGCCGAGAAAGAUGGAACUGCAGAAUUAAAAGGCAAAAAUGAAGAAGGCUCUGCAGCUUAUGAGGACGUUGGGAAAGGAACAGAGCUUAAAGUAAAAGCUGCAAUAUCCCUUUUUAACCAAAGCAGCAAAAUUGAAGCUAGUGGUGCCUCUCUGAAGCAACCUGAUCCUGAAUUAAGCGCAGCUAAAAAGGAAAGUUCUCCUUUUAAACCGUCUUUGCACUCGCCUGUUAAAAAUGAAAGCGUUCAUGAUAUUUACUACCAGCAAAAUAACACAAGCUCAGAACUCCCCAGAAACGAAGAGAAGGUACUGCCAGGCACGGAGGUCUUAUCGCCCUGCAAUGGUGAUAAAUAUCCUCUACAAUCUCAUCAGCUUUGUAGACCAGAAUCUCAGAAGGUGGAAAAUGGAGAUAAAAAUGCAAAGUUGGGAGAUUUGACCUAUGCAGCACAGCAGUGUGAUGGCAGCAGUCUCAAUGGUGUAGUGAUGUUGGAGCACAGCGGUAAUACCCCAGAGAGCCCUAGCAAAACUUGUAAUGGCUCUGCUGAAGAUGAUGCUGUUUUUGAUUCUCCGACCGACAUGAAGAAGUUUGCUGAAACAAUAAAAAACUUGGACAGCUCAGUUUGUUUACCGCAGAAAAAGAAAAGGUCAAAGCUUCCUAAAUCCCCAGCACCCCACUUUGCAAUGCCUCCGAUUCAUGAAGACAAUUUAGAGAAAGUAUUUGAUCCUAGUGUAUUUACUUUUGGUUUGGGACUGAGAAGGGAAAAAGUGCAGGAUCUGUUACCAACCCAACAAAUGAAAAUGCAAAGUCUGGAAACGAUAGCCAGAGUCAGGCCCAAACGCGCAUCAACAGAGCAAAGUAUAAUAUUCAAAGCCCUUCAGUCAUGUAGUAGAGAAGAACCUGCUUUUACUCAGGAAAUAAAUGGGAAAGAGAACACGGAUGGUACAGAUGGUGAAGUCAAGAGAUCCCGGCUGGAAAAAAGCUCGCUCUUCUCAAGCUUGCUGUCAUCUACUUCUAAAGAAAAGCUGCUUAAUCCGUCUGUGACCUCAGUAAAUAACACAACUUUUAUAUCAGACUCCUCAGGGAUACCUUUUUUACAACAGGAUGCUUCUGGGCCAUUCAGCCUGCCUCAAAAACCUGAGUCUCUUUCAGAUAUGAAGUUUCCAAGUUAUAUGGAGAAGUACAUACAAGCAGAUAGUGCAAAAAAAGAGCUGAGUUUACCAAUGCCUAACUAUGGGAAUCCAGAAAAAAAUUUUUCCAGCUGGUUAGGGGCAAGCAGAUAUGAAUCAAAUGUCCCCACUGGUUUAUUAGAUGUAGAUACACUUUCAAGAAAUGGACAAAGUAAAAUCAAUCCCAGGCCUGGGAAGCUGGUGAUAUACUGUGACAAUCAAGAGAAUGUUAUUGAAGUUUUCCAUGAUGUUCUGGAUUGCAGUUCUUGGGUUCUGUCACCGACAAUCUUAGUUAAAGUUAUCAGAGGAUGCUGGAUACUCUAUGAAAAACCAAAUUUUGAAGGUCCUUCUAUUCCUCUGGAAGAAGGUGAACUGGAAUUCCCAGAUAUUUGGGGUGCAGGUGAAGAGCAAAAUGAAUGCGAAUCGCUAAAGCCUGCAGUGAUUGGUUCGAUAAGACAUGUUGUUAAGGAUUACAGGGUCAGUCAAAUUGAUUUGUAUACAGAACCUGAAGGGCUAGGAAUCGUGACUUCCUUUUUUGACGACACAGAGGAAACAGGGGUGUUUGGCAGCACUCAGAAGACUUGUUCUAUCAAAGUACACUGGGGCAUAUGGCUAAUUUAUGAAGAACCCGGUUUCCAGGGAGUCCCUUUAAUGUUGGAGCCUGGUGAAUAUCCCAAUUUAGCUUUCUGGGAGAAGAAGGAAGCCUACAUUAGGUCUAUGAGGCCCUUGAAAAUGGGUGGCCGCAAAGUAGAAUGUCCUGGAGACCCAAAGGUAGUCAUUUAUGAGAAGCCUUUCUUUGAAGGGAGACAUGUGGAAGUAGAAUCAGAGAUCUUCAUGCUCAGUGACAAGGAAUCAGAAGAAAAGACACAACUUUCACUUACUUCAAUGGGAUCCAUCAAAGUACUGGGAGGAGUUUGGGUCGCAUAUGAAAAGCCUGGGUUUGAAGGCCAUCAGUAUUUACUGGAAGAAGGAGAAUAUCGGGACUGGACAGACUGGGGUGGCUAUGAUGAAGAGCUGCAGUCACUGAGACCUGUUGUUGGUGACUUCACAAGCUCACAUAUGAUAAUGUACAGUGAAAAAGACUUCGGAUCAAAAGGUUCUAACAUUAAUGUGUUAGGAAUUGUUUCCAAUUUGAAAGACACUGGAUAUGGGCUGAGAACGCAAUCCAUAAAUGUGCUGAGUGGCGUGUGGGUGGCUUAUGAGAAUCCUGAAUUUACAGGAGAGCAAUACAUACUGGAUAAAGGGCUAUAUCCCAGCAUUGAGGCAUGGGGGGGGAAGAACUGCAAAAUAUCUUCAGUUCAACCCAUUGUUAUGGAUAUUGUUGGAAGUGAAAGGGGUAAAGUCAAGGUCCAGUUAUUUUCAGAGCCUGAAUUCAAGGGUAACUGUCAAAUACUUGAAAAAAGCACAAGAUGUAUUGAUUCAUUUACUGUGAAGUCUUCAAAAGUUUUAGGUGGCAGCUGUAUAGUUUUUGACCAGGAAGAAUUCUCUGGUAACCAGUAUGUGUUAGAAGAGGGAAUCUAUCCGGAUCUGAUGGCAAUGGGGUGUUUGUCCCAAGCAGCUCUAAAAUCUUUACGGAUUGUAAAUAUAGAGCUGUCUGAGCCAUGCAUAGCUCUUUUUGAAAAAGUGGGUUUCCAAGGGAAAAAAAUAGAAUUCACUACAGAAAUCUUAAAUCUCCGGUUCCUGGGAUAUAAUCCUCGAAUAGCUUCAGUUCAAGUCCUUGGUGGCACAUGGAUAAUUUAUGAGCAUAGUAAUUACAGGGGACGUCAGAUGUUGCUGUCACCAAAUGAAAUUCCAGAUUGGUACAAACUGAGUGGCUGCUCUCAGAUAGGUUCUCUGAGACCUUUACUGCAGAAACGUGUGUACUUCAGGCUUCGGAACAAGGAGACAGGAAAGUUCAUGUCAACUGAUGGAAACUUGGACAAUUUGAAUCUUCUCAGAAUACAGGCUGCAGAAGAUGUAGACUCAGAUGAUCAAAUCUGGGUUUAUCAGGAUGGAUUCAUAAGAUGCCGGAUGGCAGAGGAUUGCUGCUUGACAAUUGUUGGAAAUCUUAUCACUCCUGGCUCUAAACUUGGUCUGUCUUUUGAGCGGAAUGAAGACAAACAGUAUUGGCAUAUUAGUCCCGAUGGCAGGAUUUACAGCAAGAUGAAACCUAAGCUGGUUUUAGAUAUCAAAGGGGGCACGCAAUACGAUCGUGAUCAUGUUGUUGUCAACACAGUCAACGAAGAAAAGUUAACGCAGUGCUGGGAACCACUGGUUGUGUAAUUCCGUAUGAGAAAGGUGAUGUCUGAAUUGGGCACUGUUCUGGACACUAGAAUUGGCACUGCCAGCUUUGAAGGAUGCAUGAUCAAGAGUUCUGUCUUUUCAGCUUUACAAAGAACAAGCAACAGAAUGAUUUCAUAUCUCUCUACCGAACAUAAUUAUCCCUAUAAAAGCUUGGGUAUCUCUCAACCUUUUUUUAAAUCAUUGCAACUCUGUGAGAUAGAGAACAGUAGCAUGCUUCAGAGCAGUGGGAAGAACCAGAGGUGGGAGAGGCCCCAGAGUUACAAUCACAUCAGUGAGUACAUAAUCCAGAACAGUUAAGAAGUGUAAUUUUAAAUUAUUUUUAAAGGUGUUUUGUUUUUUUUUUUUUUAACUAAGGGCUAAAAUAAUUAAAGCUUAUUUUAUAAAGGACAGGAGUGCAAUGUGUAUACGGUAUAGCAAUUUAGGCCUAUUGGCUGGUAGUAUAGAAGAAUAUUCACUACUGAAAAUUUAAUAUAUUUGUCUCACUGUAACAAACGUAUGUUUACUGAAACCUUAAGACCACUAGCAAACAGCAGAUCCAAAGAAUUUUUAACAUGUGGUUUCAAAUAUAGUUAGUAUGCUAAAGUAGUAAGUCCUAAAUUAAGAAGAAAAAUAAUCUAGAUUUUUCUCAGGUAGAGGGAGGAUAUAAAUGAGUGGAUGGUUGUUAGAAAAAGAGAGGGUUGACAAAAGAACUUAUCAGAAUGUGAAGAACUUGCCUGCCCAUUUCCUAAGCUGCCUAAUUUUUAGUUACAUGUAUUUGACUUCUUUGCCAAGACAGUAAUCUUUUAAAAUAGCUCCAGUAAGUACAGUCUUCCUGAACUCUAGAAUCAUUUCCUAUAUAGAAAAAAAGAAUUCUUAAGGGAAACCAUCAAUAACCGUGACUCGAAAGCACCUAAGCACCUAGGCACCUAAGCCUUUUAGCCACCAACUUUUGGCCUAUGCUCUGGCUUCUGUGUUAAUUUUCCAUAAUAAUAUUGGCAGAAAAGUAAAAUAUGAAAAAAAAACUUUUGUACUAUGCUGCUGUGUUUUGUUCUGGCUUAGCUCAGUGUUAUUACAUGCUGCUCCUAGGAGCACCCAGGCCUUUGUCUUGCACAGUAAGUCUGUUCAAAAGAAACAUUUUCAUUACUAUUGUGUUGCCUCAGAGGACACAUACGCUUGCAUUGUCACCACCCCAGAGGGAAGUGCCUUACUAAUUUUCCUCCUCCUGUACAGAAGUACUGAAGUUUUGUUGCUCUGGAAUGUGCUGCUUUUAGUUCUUCAUAGAAGAUUUGUUACUGGUUCCAAAUAGUGGUACUUUGUCAUACCAGUGUGCUCUUGCUAUAUGUAAUAUAGCAUUUCACAAAUAAAUUUAAAUUAGAUAACAA